CCAUCCGUUUUUCCAUCUCAUUUUAGCUUAUAUUCUAAAAAAUAAGACAGAUAAAAAUCUCAUGUGGACCACACCACUGGAAAACAGUGGUGAUUGAACGCCCAUCAUUCAAAACUUCACAGGCCCAACUGUAAUAUUUAUUUUCCAUCCAACUUUUUUAUAAAGUUAUACAGACCUGGAUGAAAGGAAAACAUAAAUAUAAAUAGCAGCUUGAUCCACAACUUUUUGUAGCCACAUAAUAAAUUUUCAAUGGUUGAAAUUCAAUCCCUACUGUGUAGUUCCCCUGAGAUUUAAAUCUACCUCAUUUUUGGAACCACAUCCUAAAAUUAUCUAUAAAAACUGAUGAACGGCUUGGAUAUACGAAAAAAAAAAAUUAGGUGGGCCCCACAGUCAUGGUUUAAACCAUUUAGCUGUUACCCCUACCUCCCGUAAUCCACGCCCGGAAAAAAAGAUGGAGUUGCACCAGUCUCGAUUCCUUUUAUUUUUAUCAAAUUCCAAGUAUAGGAAUGGUAUUAGCGCUAAAUAUGCGGUUUGCGCCUUGAUUUUCCCUUCAUCUCUCUCUCUCUCAAAAAUGGGAUAUUGAAAAUGUCCUCUAUCUCUUCCAUUUCUUUCAAACAGAGAAAAUGUCUACCUCUUACGGUCGUAUUCCAAGAUCCCACAGCAGCAGCAAGCAACACAAUUCUGCCUCCCAUGCAAAAGCUACCUUCCGAAAGAACCUCAAAGAACUCGUCAGAGACCACCUUCACACCUGCAUUGUCCUCUCCUCCCACGAUGAACCCAACGUCCCAGAUUUCAUCACCACCACAACCACCUCCCCAUGUGAAGAAGACGAACCAAUCACAAACACAACCGCCGAAUUCUCAGCUGCUUCGAGGCGCCGGCGAUCACGGCUAAUGGAUCGUUGGGCUGCUCGGCAAGCACGUGAGAUGGUCACCACGAUAGAGAGGCAGACCCGUGAAGCAGAGCUCGUGGCCCUCUCAAAUGCCCAGCCCGUCUCAGCUAUAGCCCCUUCCUUCAUGCGCGAGCCAUCACCUGCUCGAUCGGAGACCUCAAUCGAUGUCCCUAACCUACAUGCCUCAUCUCUUGUGCAAAUGUGGAGAGAGUUUGAGGCUGCUGCGCCGAUCCGUACCAGCAGCAUUCAGUCUACUAUUAGCAAUCAAACGAACAUUUUGAGUAAUCCCGAUGAGAAUUCCGUCGACAGUGAGAGGUAUGAUAUGAUUGUGACUCCAGAUGAAUCGAUGACGGAUGGUGAUUUUGAUGUAACACGGUCUUCUUAUCGGGUUUUGGAUGGUGGGGGAGACAGCGAGAGAGGGAGAGUGGCUGAUAUGGUUAGAAGGCUUACAUCGGCUAAUCGAUCGCAGAGUUCUAUUACUUCUUGGAGUGAUGAGAUCGAGCAAGACAGAGGUGUCAUAAGAGAAGUGCAGUGUCAAGAACAAUCAGUAAGUAUGUGUGAACAACGUGGAGAUAAUGUGGUAUUUCCUCCUCCUCGGUUGAGAGGGUGGGAGGUUGGUAGGGAUUUAAUAGCGUAUAUUGUGCGGGAGCGGCAAAGGGAGCUCAAUAGCCUGGCUGCUCACCGGCCAGUUUCACAGUUCUCUCAUCGGAGUCGAAUUCAGGCAUUACUCAGAUUCAGGUUCCUGCGACGGGAACCGGCAGUUCAAGAUCAACAGCAUCCCGCCUCAACCACAAUUGAAGAAGGCCAUACACAAUGUGGACCUUCGAUCUUGCUCUUACGGGAGAGAUCCAAUCAUAGAGGCCCACAUGACAGUAAUGCUGUCCCGACCACGGAGAGCUCAAGCAACCUCAGUCUGCAGUUCCAAAACAAUUCGCUCAAUUCAGAACGUUCUGAUCUGGCUGAUGAGAUCAUGGACGGGUCUUGUCGGUAUCAAGAGAUUUCUGGGACAAAUGACAUGGGCACACAGUCACUGCUCAUUUCACUGCCAUCAAUGAGUGAAGAGCUGCAAGAAGAAACACAGUCUUCACUCAUUUCACUGCCAUCGAUGAGUGAAGAGCUGCACGAAGAAGCCAGCAUGAGUUCUGAUCACACAUGGCAGGAGAGAGGCGUAGCGGUUAGUAAUCUGGACUGGCAAGAAACUGCGAAUGCCACAGCGUCCUUGCCUAGUUGGGAAGGCGAUGUGGUGAUGGAAGAAGGUGAUCGUAACGGUCAGCAGGCAUCUGGUGGGACAUGGUUAAGUGACGAUUCUCAUCAAGGGAGAUCAUGGGCCAGCAGCCAAAGGCAAGAUAUGUACCAUUCCUGGAAUGAAAGCACUUCAAACACUGAGGAGAUCCGUGAGCUUCUUGAGCGACGAAGUGUAACAACUACCCUUGCAAGUGACUUCCGGGAGACAAUGGACCGCUUGUUCUUGUCCAUCUCACAGAGACAAGCAGAUCAGCCUAUUGUUGAUCAUAGCUAUGCAGAAGAGGAGGAAGUGCCCCCCGACCAGUUACAAGAUCAUGAAGUUGGGACUACUGAUCUAGUUGUAUCCACAUCGUUGCAAUUGCCUAUGCUAUCUCGCCCAUAUGAGCGCCAGCGCAGUUGGCACUACUCUUCAUAUACGCGUCGCUCAACUCCAGAUUCACCUGAAAUGGAGCUUAUAUGUGAUUUGAGAGGGGACAUGGUAAAGCUUCAUCGGGAAAUGAGUGAGUUGCGAAAAUCAAUAGAUAGUUGUGUGCAUAUGCAGGUGGAGCUGCAGCGCUCCAUGAAACAGGGAGUUUCUUCUUCGACUAGCCAUUCAGGUGGUGAUUCAGGGCAGAAGUUGCAAUCCCCCAAACGGGUGCCAAUGAAGAAAGGAAGUUGUUGUAUCUGUUACGAAAUGCAAGUCGACUCACUGCUCUACAGGUGUGGACAUAUGUGUACAUGUUUCAAGUGUGCUCAUGAGUUGCAGUGGAGCAGUGGAAGGUGUCCAAUCUGUCGAGCUCAGAUUGUAGAUGUUGUGCGUGCAUAUCCUGACCCUUGAAGACAUGGUUUCUGGUUAGAUGGAAGUGACUGGGCCCAUCUUGAUGUGGGCUGUUGCGAAAGCCCCUCUGACUGGGCCCCAAGCUAUUCGUGAUGCGAAGUGGCUGAGGUUUUCGUGAAGGCCCAGUGGGCCUUCUCCCCUACUCUACUUGUAUAAAACUGUAAGGGUAUGUACUUGUAUAGAGGCAUGGGCCACCAAGGGCUGCGUCUUACGUAGGUAAAUGGGCCCCGUGAUUGCGUAGUUAGUUCAUAUGAUGUGCAUGGCCUGGCCUUGCCUCAACCCAGCCCAAAUGCGCCACGAGUUCAUGGCGUGUAGGUGUUUGUAAAGAAGUAUAUACAAAAACCAAUUACAGAUGAGUUCCAUUUACU